AUGAAGCAUGCAGAUAUUCGGCGCCAUCUGACGCGAAAUAAUGUGGAGAGACGGAUGCUGAUGGUCGACCAAGCACUAGCUAGCGGACAUGCUCACCAAGGCGCAUGGCUCGUUGACUAUCAAGUAUCUGAAUUGAAGCAGCGUCACCAGUUAGAUUACCAUGCCAUGGCGAGAAGUGGAGCUAGUUUGUAA